GCGGCGGGGCCGCCCCCCGCGCUCCCGGUGCCGCUCCGCUCCGCUCCGGCUCCCGCUCCCGUCCCGGUCCCGGUCCCGCUCCGCUCCGCUCCGGCCCGGCAGCACCAUGAGGGAGAUCGUCCACAUCCAGGCGGGGCAAUGCGGCAACCAGAUCGGCGCCAAGUUCUGGGAGGUGAUCAGCGACGAGCACGGCAUCGACCCCAGCGGCAACUACGUGGGGGACUCCGACCUGCAGCUGGAGCGCAUCAGCGUCUACUACAAUGAGGCCUCCUCUCACAAGUACGUGCCUCGUGCCAUCCUGGUGGACCUGGAGCCGGGGACGAUGGACAGUGUGCGCUCAGGUGCCUUCGGCCACCUCUUCCGCCCAGACAACUUCAUCUUCGGGCAGAGUGGGGCCGGGAACAACUGGGCCAAGGGACACUACACGGAGGGGGCCGAGCUGGUGGACUCCGUGCUGGACGUGGUACGGAAGGAAUGUGAGAACUGCGACUGCCUGCAGGGCUUCCAGCUGACCCACUCGCUGGGCGGCGGCACCGGCUCCGGCAUGGGCACCCUCCUCAUCAGCAAGGUGCGGGAGGAGUAUCCUGACCGCAUCAUGAACACUUUCAGCGUGGUGCCAUCCCCCAAGGUGUCAGACACGGUGGUGGAGCCCUACAACGCCACGCUGUCCAUCCACCAGCUGGUGGAGAACACGGAUGAGACCUACUGCAUCGACAACGAAGCCCUCUAUGACAUCUGCUUCCGCACCCUCAAGUUGGCCACCCCCACCUAUGGCGACCUCAACCACCUCGUCUCAGCCACCAUGAGCGGCGUCACCACCUCCCUCCGCUUUCCUGGCCAACUCAAUGCUGACCUCCGCAAGCUGGCCGUCAACAUGGUGCCCUUCCCCCGUCUCCACUUCUUCAUGCCGGGCUUCGCCCCACUGACGGCCCGCGGCAGCCAGCAGUACCGCGCCCUUACUGUCCCCGAGCUCACCCAGCAGAUGUUUGACGCCAAGAACAUGAUGGCCGCCUGCGACCCCCGCCAUGGCCGCUACCUCACCGUGGCCACUGUCUUCCGAGGCCGCAUGUCCAUGAAGGAGGUGGACGAGCAGAUGCUGGCCAUCCAGAGCAAGAACAGCUCCUACUUCGUGGAGUGGAUCCCCAACAACGUCAAGGUGGCCGUCUGUGACAUCCCUCCCCGGGGGCUCAAGAUGUCCUCCACCUUCAUUGGCAACAGCACAGCCAUCCAGGAGCUCUUCAAGCGCAUCUCGGAGCAGUUCACGGCCAUGUUCCGUCGCAAGGCCUUCCUCCACUGGUACACGGGUGAGGGGAUGGAUGAGAUGGAGUUCACCGAGGCCGAGAGCAACAUGAAUGACCUGGUGUCCGAGUACCAGCAGUACCAGGAUGCCACGGCCGAGGAGGAGGGCGAGAUGUAUGAGGACGACGAGGAGGAGUCGGAGGCGCAGGGCGCCAAGUGAUGCCCGUCGCCUGCCACCCACAGCCCCCCAGCUUCGCGCUGCUGCACCCCCCGGGCCCCGGCCGGGCUGCCCCCACGUGCCCCUUCAGUGUCUCCUGACCCCAUCCCUCCUGAGCCGGCUCGGCCCCCUGCCCUCCCUUCCUGCCUCCCCCCCUUUUCGUUUUUUACUGGUUCGUGUCUAUUAUUUUUUUUGAAUACUUAAUAAAUUUAUUGCUGUCC